AUCCAAGAUGGCGGCAGCGAUGGAUUGGUUGCUGUGGUCCCUGCUGCUUCUCUGUCUCACAUAUGAAACAAGCGCCUUCUAUGUCCCUGGGGUCGCACCAAUCAACUUCCAUCAGAACGACCCUGUAGAAAUCAAGGCUGUAAAGCUCACCAGCUCUCGAACCCAGUUACCUUAUGAGUACUACUCACUGCCCUUCUGCCAGCCCAGCAAAAUAACCUACAAGGCAGAGAAUCUGGGAGAGGUGCUGAGAGGGGACCGGAUUGUCAACACCCCUUUCCAGGUUCUCAUGAACAGUGAGAAGAAGUGUGAAGUUCUGUGCAGCCAGUCGAACAAGCCAGUGACCCUGACCAUGCAGGAGAGCCGGCUCGUGGCUGAGAGGAUCACAGAAGAUUACUACGUCCACCUUAUUGCUGACAACCUGCCUGUGGCCACCCGGCUGGAGCUCUACUCCAACCGAGACAGCGAUGACAAGAAGAAGGAGAAAGAUGUGCAAUUUGAACAUGGCUACCGGCUCGGCUUCACAGACGUCAACAAGAUCUACCUGCACAAUCACCUCUCGUUCAUCCUUUACUACCACCGGGAGGACAUGGAAGAGGAUCAGGAGCACACGUACCGUGUCGUCCGCUUCGAGGUGAUUCCCCAGAGCAUCAGGCUGGAGGACCUCAAAGUAGAUGAGAAGAGUUCAUGCACCCUCCCUGAGGGUACCAGCUCCUCGCCCCAAGAAAUUGACCCCACCAAGGAGAAUCAGCUGUACUUCACCUACUCUGUACACUGGGAGGAAAGUGACAUCAAAUGGGCCUCUCGCUGGGACACUUACCUGACCAUGAGUGACGUGCAGAUCCACUGGUUUUCUAUCAUUAACUCCGUUGUGGUGGUUUUCUUCCUGUCAGGCAUCCUGAGCAUGAUUAUCAUUCGGACCCUCCGGAAGGACAUCGCCAACUAUAACAAGGAGGAUGACAUUGAAGAUACCAUGGAAGAGUCUGGGUGGAAGCUGGUGCACGGUGACGUCUUCAGGCCACCCCAGUACCCCAUGAUCCUUAGCUCCCUGCUGGGCUCAGGCAUUCAGCUCUUCUGUAUGAUCCUCAUCGUCAUCUUUGUGGCCAUGCUUGGGAUGCUGUCUCCUUCCAGCCGGGGAGCUCUCAUGACCACAGCCUGCUUCCUCUUCAUGUUCAUGGGGGUGUUUGGUGGAUUUUCUGCCGGCCGUCUAUAUCGCACUCUAAAAGGCCAUCGGUGGAAGAAAGGAGCCUUCUGUACGGCAACACUGUACCCUGGUGUGGUUUUUGGCAUCUGUUUCGUGUUGAAUUGCUUCAUCUGGGGAAAGCACUCAUCAGGAGCGGUGCCCUUUCCCACCAUGGUGGCUCUGCUGUGCAUGUGGUUCGGGAUCUCCCUGCCCCUCGUCUACCUGGGCUACUACUUCGGCUUCCGAAAGCAGCCAUAUGACAACCCUGUACGCACCAACCAGAUCCCCAGGCAGAUCCCCGAACAGCGGUGGUACAUGAACCGAUUUGUGGGCAUCCUCAUGGCUGGGAUCCUGCCCUUCGGCGCCAUGUUCAUUGAGCUUUUCUUCAUCUUCAGUGCAAUCUGGGAGAAUCAGUUCUAUUACCUCUUUGGCUUCCUGUUCCUCGUUUUCAUCAUCCUGGUGGUGUCCUGUUCACAAAUCAGCAUCGUCAUGGUAUACUUCCAGCUGUGCGCAGAGGAUUACCGCUGGUGGUGGAGGAAUUUCUUAGUCUCUGGGGGAUCUGCAUUCUACGUGCUGGUCUAUGCCAUCUUUUAUUUUGUUAACAAGCUGGACAUUGUCGAGUUCAUCCCGUCUCUCCUCUACUUUGGCUAUACAGCCCUUAUGGUCCUGUCCUUCUGGCUGCUCACGGGCACCAUUGGCUUCUAUGCAGCCUACAUGUUUGUCCGCAAGAUCUAUGCCGCUGUGAAGAUAGACUGAUGGGGUGGCCUAUGGCCAGGCCACUCGUCCUUGGACAGGAAGCCACCCUGCAAAGAGAACUGCAGGCAUGUGAAAUAAAACCCCUCCUGCUCGUUUGGAAUGUAAUUCCUGGCACAGUGUUCCUGGAUCCUGGGCUGCAUAGGGGGCGGGAGGGCCUGUAGAUAAAUCUUGCAUUUUUCUUCAUCUUAUUCCAGUUCUGUGGGGAUGAGUUUUUUGUAGGUUGUUUUUCUUCAGUGUUAAAGUUCCCUCCAGCAGGAACUCUCUGACCUGUUUAUUCAGGUUUAUUUUGGGUUGGGUUUUUUUUUUUUCUCUUAGUUUUUUUUAACAAAUGGAUCCAGGGUGGAUAAAUCCACCAAGAUACUGGGUUUUGGUCACUGUCUCCACCUCAGUUCCUCAGGGCUGUUGGCCACCCCAUGAUUAACUGGAAGAGGAAACACCAAGGCUUCAGUGAGGUUUCCAAGGCACUCUCUGCCCGCCCUCACCACUGAUGCCACAUCAAAGCACAGCUCCAGCCUGGACAGCACCUUCAGUGCCAACCAACCUCUGCCCGCCCCUCGCCCUCCCUCUUCUCUCCUCCCAAGGCUGCCCAAGGCAGGGCUUUCAGCCAGGCCUCUGGGUCAUCCUCUCACCAGGAGCAAGCCCAAGUCUUGGUUGCUACAAGGAAAUCCCGUGGAAGUACUGGGGGCCAGGUUCCCCAGGACAGCAGAAAUCACCCCCAUUCAGAGCAGCCAGAGUUUGCUGGACCAACAAUGAGAAGUAGGAGAAGAGACUUGCAGUGAACUGUUUUUGUGCCAAGAAAACCUGGACCUGGGGCCACAUAUUUCCAGAGCCAAGCAUCCAUGUGUCUGUGUCUGGGAAGGAAUGGCUAAGGCUGCUAGGGUCCUCACCCCUCUGGAUUGCUCCCCAGCCCUUUCCUUAGGGGGUUUCUGCUCUUUCCAAAGUGUGCUGCUGGCACACCCUCUCCUCCCACUUCCCGGGCAGAACACAGAGGCUCAGAGACCUCAGAUCCCCUUGUUCGGGUGACUGGGCAGAGGCAUUCUCUCCCUGAUGUCCCCUAGCUUCAGUGUUCAUACUCAGUUCUUUUAGCCAGACCCAUCCCCUCCAUGUCCCGCCUGAGUUCUUGCCUUCUGUUUGAGACCCGCAGAAAACUGCUUGUGAGAAGGAAGAUGGAAGGUAAGUUAUGUCGUUCCUUCCCCAAUUCCCAGGAAUAAGCAAGAAGCCCAGUCUUUGCAAGUUAGAAGGGGCUCACAUGGCUGGCCUGGCUCCUCCGCAAACCCCCACUCUUCCCAACCCCUUCCCACCCCAUGCAUGUCACAAACACUUGCUCUUAAAUUGCAAGAGACCAAAUCCACCCUGGGAUUAAGGUUCAAGUAACAGCCACUCACCCUUACUUCAGCCCCGUUGGGACUCCCACCACAAAACACAGCUCAGGAUGCUGGGUAAGCUAGGAACCCCCACACCCCACCCCAGAUUCUCCUGGCAGCCCUACCAGCUCCAGUGAAACCAGUGAAUUUCUCAAUCUUGCCUCAUGGUGACUUUGCAGCUCCAAGUGGCAUCCACCAAGAAUCAGAAUGAAGAAAAGGAAACCCAAGCAGUACAGAAUGAUAUUGGAGUCUUUGGUUUAUUCAAAUAUUGGAUUUUUUUUUCCCCCUAAGAGAUUCUCUUUUUGGGGAGAGUGGGGAAAUGGACUCCUCAUAAAGGGUUCAAACAUCGUCAAUUUUUCUGACUUUUUAAAUCAUCAUCAUCAUUUUUAAUUUAAAAAAAAUGCCUGUAUGCCUUUUUGGUCAUUGUAAAUAAAUAUGCCAUUGUCCUGUU